AAAAACCAUUUGUGUAUUGUCUCUACAUGAAUCAUAUUGCACGUAUCUUAAUAUAAAUUCUAAAUUUGUCUUAAAACACUUUCUAUCGGCUUAGUUAACAUGCAGUCAGGAGUAUAAUCAAAAUAAAUAGACCAGUGUUUGUAUUUUCGCUUCAAAGUUUAUUUGCUGCUUUACUAUGCGUUCUCUUGCCGCGGUCCGUGGGGUAGAACCCGUUCAGGAGUUGGCGGUCCCGUCUUCCAUCGAAGGCGACGGGAAUUCUGAUGCCGAAAUGGCUGGAGCGCAGGAUACCAUAUACCUAUGCAACUUCCGCGUGUCAGUAGAUGGUGAAUGGCUGUGCCUGAAGGAACUACACGACAUGGAGAUGCAGGAUUCCUAUAUCCGACCCUCAGAUAAUGGUGCGAUCACUUCUCCGGACGAUCCUAUGCAUUCAUUGAUGGCUCGUGACCCAGUGGUGAUAGAACGUAGCAAUCUUGUGAACAUCUCGAAGCUGAUUGUAAAGGAAUUGAUUGAACAAUCUCUGCGCUAUGGCCGGAUGCUCGACAGCGACCACUUACCGCUACAUCACUUCUUCAUUGUUCUCGAGCAUGUAAUGCGUCACGGCCUCAAACCUAAAAAGGGACUCCUUGGGCCGAAGAAGGAGCUAUGGGACAUCUUGCAAAUGGUUGAGAAGUACUCUCCUGAGGCGGCAGAUAUUACAGCAAGUGUGCGAGACUUGCCCACCGUUAAAACGGCUAUGGGACGCGCCAGAGCUUGGCUUCGCUUGGCACUGAUGCAGAAGAGACUUGCCGAUUACCUAAGAAUACUACUGGAGCACCGUGAAGAAACGUUGGAGGAAUACUUUGAACCCCACGCCCUGAUGCUGAAUGAGGAGGCGGUCAUAAUAACGGGUCUACUUGUUGGAUUAAAUGUCGUUGACUGCAAUUUGUGUGUCAAGGAAGAAGAUUUAGACAGUCAGCAAGGUGUGAUCGACUUCUCUCUAUAUCUGCGCGGGAGUAGCUCCUCCCACGAUCUCGCGAAUAACGGUAACAAUGGAAAUAACGAGCCCAAGCAACGACACAUCAAUACUAUGCUGGAUCAGAAGAAUUAUAUUGAGGAGCUGAACCGACAUCUUAAUGCCACGGUAGCAAAUCUGCAGUCGAAAGUGGAAGGUCUGACAACGACCAAUGCUCUCAUGAAGGAAGAUCUAGCAAUCUCCAAGAACACAAUGAUACAGCUGGUUGAGGAGAAUAAUCAAUUGAAACACGCAUUAGGUCAAGACAUUACUAAAGAUAGCAGGAUCAAAGUGACAGAGUUGCAUGAAGAGGAGGAAAAACGCAGCGUGAAAAGCACAACGUCAGACAAGUCUAAAAGCGACAAAGACACGGAAUCUACCAAACUUUUGGAGGAGGAAAGGAAGAAGAAUGCGGAACUUCAGAAAGAACUGGACUUGCAAAUAUCGCUUAAGGCAGAAAUGGAGGUCGCAAUGAAAUUGCUAGAGAAAGAUAUACACGAUAAACAAGACACAAUUAUCUCUCUCAGACGGCAGCUGGAUGACAUAAAACUGCUCAAUUUGGAAAUGUACAAAAAAUUACAGGAAUGUGAAAGUUCCUUGAAACAUAAAACAGAACUAAUAGCCAAAUUGGAAGCAAAGACUGAGUCAAUGGGCAGCACGAUACAUCAACUCGAUGAAAAGUUACAGGAAGAUAAGAUGGUUAGGAAGAGUCUGGAGGACAGUGCACGUACGUUAGGACAAAAGGCGGUGACCGCUGAAACAAGAGCCGUGGCUGCAGAGAGUGAUCUUAGGAUAGAGAGGGAGUGGCGGGUAUCAUUACAGGAUUCAAUGAUACGGGAUCGCGACAAAAUAUCGGCGUUGACCCAAGAAGUAGAAUCAUUAAAAUCAAUAGGACAAAAAUAUAUGGCCUUACAAGAAGAACAACACCAACUUAGAGUUCAAUACAGUGAUGCGCAGAAAACUCUAGAAGAAGUCGGCGCUACGUUAAGUGAGAACAAAUUGCAACUGGCCGAAUUGUUAGAAAAGGAAGCGAGGGCGGUACAAGACGACACUCCAAACUGGACUAGCGAUAAGGAUGCAACGGCUUGUGCGGCGUGCGCUAAAGAAUUCACUAUUGCUAGGCGGAAGCACCACUGUAGAAGAUGCGGUAACAUUUUCUGUGGAGCGUGUAGUGAAAAAACCGUAGCGUUAGCUGGCAACACCAAACCUGUUAGAGUGUGCGACGCAUGCUUUGUCGAAGUUCGACUUACGUAACCCAAGACCUACAAGCUUGUGGUAUGACAAAGACUUAUGUAAAAUUUAUAUUAUAAACUUGAAAUUUAUCAGAGAAACAUUCAGCGAACUUGGUUGUAAGAUUAUAUCUAUAGGAAUUUGGAUUAAAUAAUACAUGGAUUAGGAAUAGUGUGCUAUUAAAAAAAUUCCAUACAAGGGUAUUCAAAGUCUAUUACGUAAACCUUGAUAUCAUAAACACACUGGAUUUUAAAUAGCUUAGUUACCCUGAGGAAAGCAAUCGAAGGACUUCAUGCUGUAUAUACAUACAAUUUUGUGUAUUGAACGCAUUUCUAUUUAUAUGAUUAGACUCAAAAGAAUAUACGGCAAUUGGGUACAGAAGAUGGAAAAAGAUAUAUUAUAUGAUUAAAUAACAGUGUGCAUGCUUUACAAUAAAUAACGUUACUAUUCUGUCACUGUCUUUGUUUGUUGUAAAGUGUAUUCACCGUUAGGUACGUUGUAAUUACACAAUUCUUAAUCCCAUAUAUCCAAUCUUUAGUCAUAAAAUAGUUAUCAAAUUCGUCUAAAAUGUCUCAUGCACGUAUUGUCUGGAUAUCCAUAGUUGCUCCCAUCACAGUUUUAAAUCGAUAUCGUUUAGUUUUUUUUUUAAUUUGUUUUGUUUAAUGUUUUAUUAUAUUUUCGUGUAUGAGUUGUGCUUGUCAUAUUUAAAAUUUUAUGAUUUUUUCUUGUUCCAAUGUAAACAAGCUUUUAUAAAUAAAUAAAGUUAGACAUAUUUGCAUGUAAGAUGAGAUUCUGACUUGACAUACGACGCGCAUUACGUAUAUGUCCAAUACAGUCUACGUUCUUUACAAUAAGCGACGCGGAAUGUUUGCAUCAAUAUGGGGCUAACCGCCUUUAUCAUUAACACUUUUUUUUUAAAGUGACCGGGCUUUUUGUGAAGUCCGUUGACUGUUUUUAUAUCAAUUAUGUUUUGAAAUUGCUUAUUUUCAUAGUUCUACCAAAAGAUGGCGCUUAUAUCAACAUGUCUUAACGAGUAAACGAGUUUUAACCCGAUAAAAUACAUGUAAAUGCUUUGUCGUAAACAAAGUGCUCAAUAUUAUUAUUUUAUUAUUACAAUUAAUUGAGUAUGUUAGUUAAUUAGCUAACUUAAAAAUCAUGAUUUUAUAAAAAAUAAAACUUAUUAGCUCAUUCAUUGGAUGAUGGUUAUAUUAAUUACAUAUUUAUAAAUAUAAUAAUGAGCAGUGUUGGCUUCACCAAGCGACUCUUAUCCAUGAGGACAUAGAUUCGAUCCCCGACUGUGCACCAACGUACUUUCUUUCAUAGUGCGCAUUUAAUAUUGGCUCGAACAGUGAUGGAUCGUGAGUAAACCGUCUUGCUUUUUACCCAAAAGUCGGCGAUGUGUGACAGGCAAAGGAACCUGAUCACCUACUUGCCUAUUAUAUGAAAAACAUACGGAAAUCUAAGGCCCAGAUCUGAAAAGGUUGUAGCACCACUGAUUUAUAUAUAGUCAUUAGGAUUUAUUUUACUAUUGCUAUAAAAUCCAUCCAUCUAUUUGAUAAAGGUUAAGAUCAUUCUAAAACAUGAGACAAAGUACCUUAAUCUAAAUUCUAAACUAAUGUUUAAACUAUUAUUAUCUCAAGCGAAGCAAACUUUUGUUCUAUAUAAACAAACUGUUGGAUGCUUCUGGUACAUUACAAAGGCGUACUGUGGCAAUAAUGUUUAUUUACAAAAUGUGUUUUAUUAGUUAAAUUUCAAAGAAAAUACACUUUAUUUGAAAUUAAAUUAAAAUAAAAAUGAUUUUAAAAUAAAAAUAUACAUUGCUAGCAUGCCCCGUGGUUUCACCAGCGUUUAUCCUUGUAUAAUCUUAUUGGAAAACUCAAAAUUAGUUUUAUUCGAAACUUUUCUGAAAUUAGCGUACUAAGCCAUACAAAUCAGCUAUUAACAUUGCUUUACCGUGCAACCUUCGAGGACAUACGUUCGCAUUAUGCCUGUGCACAAAUGGAUGUUUAUUUUAUGUGCGUAAUUAGCACGUUUUGAUGAUGACUACGCGAUGAAACCGGUAUGUCUCAAACCCAAUCUACAUGUGUCAGACAGAGGGCUAUA